AUGGAGGCUUCGAGGAGGCUCGCCCCUUUGGCCCUUUUCAUCGUGUCAGCCCUGGCCCAGCUGCAUUCCACUGGGUCUGAAGGCAAAUCAAGUUGCACGGCCAGUCUGGGGGGCGCUAGCCAGUCUGAGGUCCACAAAGCUCUGCUCCUGCAACUCAAGCCCAAUGAGGACUGCACCUGGACAAUAGAGAGGCCAGAGCAAAAGAGCAUCAGGAUCAUCUUUUCCCACUUCCAGCUCGACUCAGAUGCAAGCUGUGAAAGAGAAUACAUUCAAGUCUUUGAUGGAAACUCCAGCCGGUCCGCCCUGUUGGGGAGGGUGUGCAGCAAGAGUCAGUACAUUCCUGUCUUUGAGUCAUCUUCCAACUCCCUGACCUUUCGGAUCGUCACCGACGCUGCCAGUAUUCAGAGGACUGCCUUCGUCUUCUACUAUUUUUUCUCUCCCGGCUCCUCUAUUCCAAAUUGCGGUGGUUACCUGGAUGGGACGGAAGGUUCCUUUACCAGCCCCUCUUACCCAAAGCCGCACCCUGAACUGGCUUAUUGUGUGUGGCACAUACAGGUGGAUGAGGGCUACAAGAUAAAAUUAAAAAUCAAAGAUAUUCUCCUGGAGGUGGACAAAGACUGCAGGUUCGACUUUGUGGCUGUUUACGACGGCGCCUCCACCUCUUCGGGCCUGGUGGGGAAGGUGUGUGGCACCACGGCGCCCACCUUCGAGUCCUCGUCCAACUCGCUGACCGUCGUGCUGUCCACAGACUACGCCAACUCCUAUCGGGGCUUCUCUGCCUCCUACACAUCGCUGUACGCCGAGAACAUCAACACCACAUCUUUAACUUGCUCUUCCAACAAGAUGCGAAUGAUCAUAAGUAAAUCCUACCUGACGAUGUUGAACUCUGCUGGACACAACUUACAACUGAAAGACCCAACUUGCAAACCCAAAAUAACAAAUGUAGUGGAAUUUUCUAUCCCUCUUGAUGAAUGUGGCACAAUAAAAAAGGUAGAAGAUCAUUCAAUUACUUACACCAAUAUCAUCACGUUUUCUCCAGUUCCAACUUCUGAAGUCAUCACCCGUCAGAAGCAUCUCCAGAUUAUCAUCAAGUGUGAAAUGCAGCAUAAUUCUACCGUGGAGAUGAUGUAUUUAACAGAGGACGACAUAACCCAAAAUGAAAAUGCACUGGGCAGAUAUAACACAAGCAUGGCUCUUUUCGUAUCCGAUUCUUAUGAAAAGCCUUUACUGGAGUCGCCGUACGAUGUGAAUUUGAACCAAACCCUCUUUGUUCAAGUCAGUCUCCACAGCUCCGACCCCAAUUUGGUGGUGUUUCUUGACACCUGCAGCACCUCUCCCACGUCUGACUUUGCGUCUCCGACCUACGACCUAAUCAAGAGUGGAUGUACUCAAGAUGAGACUUGUAAGGUGCAUCCCUUAUCUAGACACAAUGGAAGAUUCCAGUUUAAUGCCUUUAAGUUCUUGAGACAUCUGGGCUCCGUGUACUUGCGAUGUAUGGUCUUCAUCUGUGACAGUGGUGACCAGCAGUCUCGCUGCAACCAAGGUUGUGUCUCCAGAAGGAAAAGAGACAUUUCUUCUUACAAAUGGAAGUCUGAGUCCAUCAUCGGACCCAUUCGUGUGAGAAGGGAUCAAAGUGCUGGUGGAAGUUUCGAGCCACAGCACCGCACCCAGGUAGCCGGAACGCAGGACCAGACUUUCCAGCCUCUGCACGUGCUGUCGUUCACGGUGUUGGCGCUGAAUGCCGUGAUGGUGGCCGCACUCACAGUGAGGCACGCCGUGGCUCGGAGAACAGACCACAAGUACCAGAAGCUGCAGGGCUGCUAG